CUCCCUCCCUUACUCUCUUCCUCUGUCCUUUCUUUCCUUUCCUUUCUUCCUUCUCUCUUUCUUUCUUUCUAGAAAGCCGACUGCAUUUGCCUUUUAUUACUGGAUUUCCACGUAACCAUUAAGUACAUUUACAGUGUUGUGCUAACACCACCUUUGCCUAGUUCCAGUCAAAGGUAAUAAUUUUUUAUUACCCCAAGUGGAAACACCAUCUAUUAGCAAUCACUCCCCAUUCUCUGCUCUCCCCAGCCUUUGGGAACCACUGAUGGGUUCCAGAUGCUACAAGCGUUUUCACUGCAGCAUCGUUUGCAAACGCCAGCAGGUGGGGCACAGCCCUUAUGAACAGAUGACACAUAUUCAUAGAAUGGAAAAUCUUUCUGCCAUAAGCAGGAAUAAAGCUCAGAUACAUGCUGUGGUGUAUCAGUACUGUUACAAUUGCAUGCUACAGUGCAGAUUAACCUUAAAACAUAUGUUUGGUGAAAGAAAUGAGACACAAAAGGACCCAUCUCGUAUGACUCCAUUUAGGUGAAAUGUUCAGAACGGGCAAGUCCAUAGAAGUAGAAACAGAAAGCAGAGUGGUAAUUGGUUUAUUUUUCAAAUAAACUUUACAUUGCCUUUUUUUUUUUUUUGAGUCAGAGUCUCACUCUAUCACCCAGGCUGGAGUGCAGUGGUGCAAUCUCGGCUCACCGCAACCUCCAUCUCCCAGGUUCAAGCAGUUCUCCUUCCUCAACCUCCCGAGUAGCUGGGGACUACAGGCGUGUGCUACCACGCCCGGCUAAUUUUUGUAUUUUUAGUAGAGAUGGGGUUUCAUGGCCAGGCUGGUCUCGAACUCCUGACCUCAUGAUCCACCCUGCUUGGCCUCCCAAAGUGCUGGGACUACAGGCGUGAGCCACUGCACCCAGCCGUUGCCUAAAUUUUUAAGAAAGAAAUUAGCCAAGCAUGCUGAUGCAUGCCUGUAGUUCCAGCUAUUUGGUGGGCUGAGGAGAGAGGAUUGCUUGAGCCCAGGAGUUGAAGGCUGCAGUGAACUAUGACAAUUGUGCCACUGCCCUCCAGCCCGAGUGACAGAGCCAGAUCUGUCUCUUGAAAAAAUAAAAAUUAAAUAUAUUUAAGUGGUUCAUAAAGACACAUAUGGAAAUCUCAUGAAAUUAAAGUUACUGAGCAAAGACCAUGUAUAGUCAUUUACUGUAUUAAUUAUAUGUAGCAUCUAUUGCAGGCUAGGUCACCUAAGAAAAGCUCAUUGACUUCCCACAGCAACCCUUUGAGACAGGGAGGGGGAAAUGGUGGUGCAGAGAGAUAAAGAAAUCUGCCCAAGUUUACAAAACACUGGCCAGGUGCAGUAGCUCACUUCUGUAAUCCCAGCACUUUGGGACGCUGGGCAGGAGGAUGACUUGAGGUGAGGAGUUCCAGACCAGCCUGGGCAACAUAGCAAGAUGCCAUCUCUCUAAUAAAAAAUAAAACAUCUGCUGGAUGAGGUGGUAUGUGCCUGCAGUCAUAGCUACUUGAGAGGCUGGGGCAGUAGGAUUGCUUGAAUCCAGGAGUUGGAGGUUGCAGUGAGCUAUGAUUGCACCAUUGGACUGUAGCCUGUGCAACAGAGUGAGACUCUGUCUCUACAAAAAUAAAUAAAUAGGUCAGGCCUGGUGGGUCAUGCUUGUAGUCUGGGAGGCCAAGGCGGGUAGAUCACUUGAAGUCAGGUGUUCAAGACUGGCCAGACCAACAUGGAGAAACCCUGUUUCUACUAAAAAUGCAAAAUUAGCCGGCAUGGUGGCCCAUGCCUGUAAUCCUAGCUAUUCGGGAGGCUGAGGCAGGAGAAUCACUUGAACCCUAGAGGCGGAGGUUGUGGUGAGCCGAGAUCGCCCCAUUGCACUCAAGCCUGGGCAACAAGAGUGAAACUCUGUCUCUAUAUAAAUAAAAUGAAAAAAAUAAUUACACAACAGUCAGAGGAGGGAUUUGAACUGAGAUCUGCUGAUUCCCACAUGCCUCUUUCUGUCUGAUGGCUACAUUUCUUUGCCUCAGAAGAUAGAGGCAUACUUCUUGGGAACUGCAAAACAAUCAGAGCAUGAUUUUUGGCUCUUUUCUUAGUGCCACUCUGCCUCCUGCCUCUGCUUUCCUAUAUGGAUAACCCCAGAGAAGUCAUUGGUUGAAAUUUAGGGGCGCACUCUGCUCCAAGGUGGUGUAGCCAUGGGUGGAAACAUCUCGUCAUAUCUGGAAGAGGGAAGAACACGAUUUAUUGGAAGGGAGUAAGAGGUCAGAGAGGAAUGAAUGGAAGUUCCAGUCAAGGAAUAUUUUUUUCUUCUUUUUUGAGAGAGAGGGUCUGGCUCUGUCAUCCAGACUGGAGGGCAGUGGUGCCGUCAUAGCUUGCUGCAGACUCAAAUUCCUGGGCUCAAGCCACCCUCCCGCCUCAGCCUCCAAAGUUCUGAGAUUAAAGGUGUGAACCACCACGUCAGCCUGGAGCAUUUUCCUUUGGGGGACAACAUAGAGGAAUAGUGGAGGGUAUUUUUUUUUUAAUUGUACUUUAGGUUCUGGGGUACAUGUGCAGAUCAUGCAGGAUUGUUGCAUAGGUACAUACAUGGGAAGGUGGUUUGCUGCCUCCAUCCCCCUGUCAUCUGUUUCUGGCAUUUCUCCCCAUGUUAUCCCUCCCCAACCUCCCCACCCCCUGCUGUCCCUCCCCUAACCCCACCCCCAAACAGACCCCAGUGUGUGAUGCUCCCCUCCUUGUGUCCAUGUGUUCUCAUUGUUCAAUACCUGCCUAUGAGUGAGAACAUGCAGUAUUUGAUUUUCUGUUCUUGUGUCAGUUGGCUGAGAAUGAUGGUUUCCAGAUUCAUCCAUGUCCCUUCAGAGGACACAAACUCAUCAUUUUUAUAAUGGCUGCAUAUAUUCCAUGGUGUAUAUGUGCCACAUCUUUGUCCAGUCUAUCAUAGUUUUUAGAGCCAGCCCAUUUAUGGGUUCAAGUCUCACAUCUACCAUUUCAAUAGCUUCGCCUGAAAGCUCCACACUUCAGUAUUCUCAAUGAGUAUCCUCAAGGUACUUCAAAAGGGGGUUGAAAAAAUAGUACCAUUCUCACUAGGUUGAUGAGAAUAUUAAAUUAUAGGAGGCCCAGAGUGGGAAUGGAACCAAAGCCAGCUUUACCAUUUGCCAAGAGUAGCCCCUUGGGCAAAUCCAGGUAUGGUGAAGGCCGAGAACCUUUCUUCAUCCAGUAACUGACGUCUCCCUGUCACAUCUCACCCCAGGCACAGACUCCAUGCCGGGAGCCAAUCACUCCACAGUGACCCAAUUCAUCCUCAUCGGAUUCUCUGCUUUCCCCCACCUGCAGCUAAUGCUCUUCCUGCUUCUCCUGUUGAUGUACCUGUUCACACUGCUGGGCAACCUGCUUAUCAUGGCCACUGUCUGGAGUGAGCGUGGCCUCCAUACGCCCAUGUACCUCCUCCUGUGUGCCCUCUCUGUCUCCGAGAUCCUCUACACUGUGGCUAUAAUCCCGCGCAUGCUGGCUGACCUACUGUCCACUCGGCGGUCCAUCGCCUUCCUGGCCUGUGCCAGCCAGAUGUUCUUCUCCUUCACCUUCGGCUUCACACACUCCUUCCUGCUCACUGUCAUGGGCUACGACCGCUAUGUGGCCAUCUGCCACCCGCUGCGCUACAGCGUGCUCAUGAGUCCGCGGGUCUGUACCUGCCUGCUGGGCUGCUCCUGGGCUGGUGGCUCUGUCAUAGGGAUGGUGGUGACCACGGUCAUUUUCCACCUCUCCUUCUGUGGACCCAGUGAGAUCCACCAUUUUGCUUGCCAUGUGCCGCCUCUGCUGAAGUUGGCCUGUGGCGAUGAUGUGCUGGUGGUGUCCCUGGGUGUGGGCUUGGUGUGUAUCAUGGCCCUGCUGGGCUGUUUGCUCCUCAUUCUCCUCUCCUAUGCCUUCAUCGUGGCCGCCAUCUUGAAGAUCUCUUCUCCUGAAGGUCGGAACAAGGCCUUCUCCACCUGUGCAUCUCACCUCACAGUGGUGGUCGUGCACUAUGGCUUUGCCUCUGUCAUUUACCUGAAGCCCAAAGGUCCUCAGUCUCCAGAAGGAGAAACCUUGAUGGGCAUCACCUACACGGUCCUCACGCCCUUCCUCAGCCCCAUCAUCUUCAGCCUCAGGAACAAGGAGCUGAAGGUUGCCAUAAAGAAGACCUUCUUUAGUAAACUCUACCCAGAAAAAAAUGUAAUGACCUAGGAGAAAUUCAUUAGCACAACUAAAUUGGAUUACCAAAGGCUAUUGCUAAAAAUUACAUUUUGUGGUGGCUAACGCCUGUAAUCCCAGCACUUUGAGACUCCAGUGGAGGCGGAUUACCUGAGGUCAGGGGUUCGAGACCAGCCUGGCCAGCAUGGCAAAAUCCCAUCUCUACUAAAAUUACAAAAAUUAGCCAGGCAUGGUGGCACAUGCCUGUAACCCUAGCUACUUGGGAGGCUGAGGCAUAAGAAUCACUUGAACCCAGGAGGUGGAAGUUGCAGUGAGCCAAGAUUGUGCCACUGCACUCCAGCCUGGGUGACACAGUGAAACUCUGUCUCAAAAAAAAGGAAAGAAAAAGAAAAGAAAAUUACAUUCCAGCUAAGCACCCUGGCUCACACUUGUAAUUCCAUUGCCUUGGGAUGCCAAGGCAGGAGGAUCGCUUGAGGCCAGGAGUUAAAGACCAGCCUGGGCAACAAAGUGAAAUUUUGUUAUGCUUUAAGAUUUACAGGGGACCUUGUAGAGAGCAUACAAUUAUAAACAGAAGGGUGAAUCAGCAUCAGGGAAGUAUUUGGAGUGGAAGUGUGUGUAAGAUACUAACACAGUGAAUAACCAGGUUUGAUUAUUUCUAUCUGCUGCAAGAUAGGUGUCAGCACCAAACCUGUAAUCUAGAUUCCUCUUGCCAAAAGCCGCAGUCAUCUAAUACACCCAAUAAUACAAACCAGCAAUGCAAACAGAUGGGAGAUUUCAUGGCCCACUCUCUGUGAGUGCAGCACCAGUUAGCUACAACUCAGAUUUUGUAAGGCUACUCCAGAUUAUAGCACAGGAGAGAAAGUGCCCUAAAUUUCACCGCUGCACAGAUCUAUGCAAUAGAAGUUAGAAAUAGCAAUAAACAGACUUUCUGAAAGACAUCGAGGGAAACUUGGCAUUUCAAGGGUGAAUCUUGACUAGUUGUCGAGAGACCGAGAUGUCUCCAUAGAUGGAUCGAGGAAAAAGUCAACACUGUGAGAUACCAAAUGCUGUGUCAGAAUGCUGUGACACGGAACAUGGGCCAGCCGGGAGCUCUCUGUUGAAUCAGGACACAGUGCAGACUGCAGGAUGAAAGUUGAUCUCAUGGUCACGCAGGCUCACCCACUUCCCAAUGGACAGGGAUUUAAGAUUGACCCACCUGUAUAGUAUUUAAAUAUUUAUUGACAGUAGGUCUUUCUGUGUUUGAGCUAUGCAUCAUUUUUUUCCUAAAGUGUGAAUUCUCUUAAUUUCGACUUAAGCAGUGAAAACAUCCCACAUUAGCACGAAGAGUGAGUAUGUGGGAAUCCGUUUCAAUCAAAACUUGGAAACUCAGAGAAGCUCCCUUUGCAGAGUAUGUGCCACAGUUCCCAUUUCUUGUUACCCGCCAGACAUGUCACGUCAUUAGCGCCUCACAAGGUGGGAGUAGAGCAGAUACAUAAUCACAGUCCCUGUGUUUGGUAGAGCAGGAAGCUGAGCCUCAAAAGACUCAUGGCUCAGGCCAGGCACCGUGGCUCACGCCUGUAAUCCCAGCACAUUGGGAGGCUGAGGUGGGCGGAUCACGAGGCCAAGAGAUUGAAACCAGGCUGGCCAACAUGGUGAAACCCUGUCUCUACUAAAAACAUACAAAAAUUAGCUGGGUGUGGUGGCAUAUCACUGUAGUCCCAGCCACUCAGGAGGCUGAAGCAGGAGAACCCCUUGAACCUGGGAGGCAGAGGUUGUAGUGAGCCAAGAUUGCACCACUGCACUCCAGCCUGGCGACAGAGGGAGACUCCAUCUCAGAAAAACACAAAAAACAACAAAACAACAAGAAGAAGCAUGGCUCGUCAGAAACCACCACCCAACCUGGAAGAGCCAAGCUUCAAUGUCAGUCUUUUCCAGAUGACUGGUCCUUCUUCAAAUGAAACAUCUCAGCAUCCUUAGAGUCUUUUAUGGCACAGGGAGACAGCUGCAACCCACCAUGCCCUGAAGUGCAUCCUUGGAACACAGAUGGAAUAUUUCUACAAACUCAAGAGUCCUCCAUGAUUUUUAAAUAAGUUAUAGUCUUGUAGAAAUUCCUGAGUAACUUCUGUCCAUUGAGCUCAGAUGCUCCCCUCUCCUGACAACAGAGCCACCUGGGAAAGAACAUAAGCCAAGUUUUUUAUUUCCUUUGUUUAAUAAAAGACCCCACUGGCCUCUGAUCCUGCUUUUAUCCAAAUGGAUAGAGACCCUGGAAAGAGGCUGUGGAAAAGAGGUUUCCAUUA